AUGGCAUCCUCUCUCUUGUGGAUAUGUAUUCUCCUACAUGUGGUGAAGAGUGAAGUAUGCACAGAGAUGACUCACAAUGUUUGCUAUUGUAAUGGAAGAAACCUCAGCUACAUACCUGAUGUUAAUGCCGAGACACAAAUCCUGGAUUUUAGCUUCAACUACUUACCAUCUUUAAACCAGAGCUUUUUCCCUCAAUUACUGGAUUUGAAACACCUUGAUCUGACAAGGUGCCAAAUCCAUCACAUUGAUGAGAACGCCUUCCAACAUGUGAGAGGCAUUGCAACUUUGAUAUUAACAGGAAAUCCUAUUGCUUACACAUCAAACAGUACUUUCAGUGAAUUACACCAGCUACAAAGGCUUGUUCUGGUGGAUACAGGUCUCUUCUCUAUAGCAGACGUUCGUAUGUGUCACAUGACCAACCUGCAGGAGCUCAAUGUGGGGACGAACAGGCUUCUAUCCAUCUCUAUUCCAGCUUGUUUCAGUAAAUUCAAAGACUUCAGAAAACUGGACCUGCAUGCUAAUAACAUAUCUGUUAUUAGAAGAGAUCACACCGCUGUCUUGGGACGAAUGCAGAACAACAUCACAAUUAUAUUAUCCAGAAAUCCAAUACUGCAUAUAGAAACAGGAGCUUUUCGAAAUAUUUACCUACAGGAGCUUGAAUUGCGUAAUGCUUUUGUAUCCUGUAAUGCAAGCAAAGAUGGGCUCAAAGCCCUGGUGGGCCUCACUGUUGAAAAACUGGUGCUGGGACGUUACUAUGGUGAUAGAGCGAGCCGAGUUGAUGAUGUUCAUGGUUCUUUGGCGGGCUUGUGCCUUAUAAACUUUAAAGAAAUCAACCUCAGACAGAAAGAAUGGACAGGCAGAAUACUUCCUUUGUUUGACUGUAUGUCAAAUGCCACCAAAGUUACUAUUAAUCAAGGAAGAACAAGUUUCAUGGAGAGUAUACAACUGAGAAAAACUAAAGAGCUUAUCAUAACAAAGAGUGACAUACGCGUAAUGCCCACUGAGCAGCUCUCUCACCACCACACCCUGGAAAAACUCACAAUCACAGAAAGUAAAAACCCUAUUGUCUUUGAUUAUGGAUUUUGCGAUAUGCCAUCACUCAAAUAUGUGGACGUGAGCAACAAUCAGCUCGUCACAAAAAAAAGCUGGCAGUUACUUUUCCAAGAGACGCCUAAUAUUCAGUACCUUAACAUGAGCUUUAAUUCUGAGGCCAAUUUUGAUUUCAAGGGACUGCAGGGUUUUAGGAAUCUCGAGGUGUUGGAUUUUCACCGCACAAAGAUAAGCUGUGUCAGAGAGUAUGUGGAUAUGACAGACCUUAAUCGCUUACAGUAUUUGGAUUUAUCGUAUACGGGAAGCACAUUCACCCACCCGCUAUCAUUUCAAGGACUGGGAAAUCUCAGAGUCCUGAAAAUGUCCAGCAGCCUUUUCCUCGGUGACGUUUUGAAACACCUGUUUGUGAAUCUCACACAACUCGAGAUGUUAGAUGUUUCAUUCAGUUCUAUUGAACACCUGCCUUUGGAGUCUUUUGGUAAUCUAAAGCAAUUAACACAGUUGAUUGCCAGUGGAAAUAAACUCAUGUCUGUUGACUUUCUCACAAACCCUAGCCUUUUAUCACUGAUUAGGUUAGACGCAGCAGAGAAUCACAUUUCUGCUAUUCCUGACAAUGUCCUUCGAAAUCUCCCCAAAACACUCCAAACACUGGACAUAUCUUUUAACCCAGUUGACUGCUCUUGUAGUCAGGCUAGUUUUAUUGUAUGGAUACAAAAUCAUAAAAAUAUUAUGAAAAAUUGGCAUGAUACUUACUGUAGAUCAGACUCAACUUCAACCAAGCCCAGAGUACAUGACUUUGAUAGUGAGUACUGCACUCACGUUGUCACGGGUAAAAUCCUUGGAAGCAUCUUUGCUGUUGUCUUCCUGCUUGCAGCGUCUGCAUUGGUGUACAAGUUCCAGUUCCAUUGCUUUGUUUUACUGAAAGGUUACACCACAUCCCAGCAAACAGAAUGUCACUAUGAUGCUUUUGUCAUUUACUCCAGCAAGGAUGAGAGCUGGGUUACAGGGGAACUAGUGGAAAAUCUCGAAAAAGGAGUCCCUCCCGUUCAGCUGUGCCUCUACGAGCGGGAUUUUGAGGUGGGAAGAUCUAUCACCUCCAGCAUCAUAGAGGAUGGCAUCAUGGGUAGCCGUAAAGUCAUCGUGGUGGUGUCACGCCACUUUGUUGACAGCACCUGGUGUCGUUUUGAGUUUGAGAUAGCUCAGUCCUGGCAGCUGUUGGGGGGUGGCUCGAACAUCAUCAUUAUUAUGUUGGAAGACGUAGAAAAAGAGAUGAGCAGGAGAGUCUUUGGACUUCACCGGUACCUCAGGAGGAACACGUAUCUGGAAUGGAAGGACAACCCCAUCAGCAAAGUGAGAUUCUGGACCCGGCUGAGGAAAGCCGUCAUCUCAAAGACGGAAACAUGA